AUGUUCUACCCGAAAAGCGCCAGACUAUGCUACAUGUCCAAGUAUAUCAAGGAUAUGGGUCGUCGCAUGCUUGAUUGCCUUCCGGAGGUGACGGUCUCCAAAUGUGCAUGUAUCAUUUUUUUCGUCGAUGAAACUCCAAAUUUUAUGCUCUCGAGACUAUUCCUCGGCAGCAACCAAAGUUUAAAGCAUAAGAUCAACAACCCGUACGUGUACGAUGUAUCCGACACGAUCCUAGAGAGGAUUGCAUCUCAAGGAGUCACUUCGUAUGGUUGA